AUGAAGAAAUACGCUGAUCGCAAACAUACAGAGAGAAUUCUGGAAGUUGGGGACAUGGUGUACUUGAAAAUGCAACCGUACCGCCUCAAUGCUUUUGGUCUGCGUACACAUAUUAAACUUCAGAGCAAGUACUAUGGACUUUUCCGGAUCAUCAAGAAAGUGGGUCGUGUCGUGUACAAACUGCUCUUGCCUGACGCUACCAACAUACACCCAGUCUUCCAUGUUAGCCAGUUGAAGAAACAUGUCGGCCCUAAAGCUGUUCCGUGUGCAGACCUUCCCCUGGUUCGAUCAGAUGGGAUGAUUCAGACUGAACCAGUUCUCGUUCUGGAAACCCAUCAGUGGGCUGCAAGGCCUGGUAAAGCUGGGCUGGGUCGUAGGGUCGUAGUGGGGUCGCUCUGGCUUUCCUCCUGGCGAAACAAUCGCUGGAGCUGCGCGAGCCCCCGUCCUAAUCGCUAUCUGCAACCGCCGCCCGCCUCCCCGCACCCCGUGGUAAUCGCGAUCUGCCGCCGCCUCCCCGCCUCCCGUGGUAAUCGCGAUCUGCCACCGCCUCCCGUCCUAAUGGCUGGGGAGAAAGCUGGUACCGGCGCCUCCUCCUCCUCUCGUCCUCGGAGGAGUUCGAGAAACGCCGCCGACGGGAAGAAGACUGCUCUCCGAGUCGCCGGCGACGGGAAGCAGAGUCCUCUCCGAGUCGCCGCCGCCUCCGACGGGAAGCGGAUGGUUAUGGGCGUCUCUGUCGACGCCGCUUCCACCACUUUGCACCCUAUUGAUCUACGAUCCGACGGCGCCCCUGCUGAGGGGCGUACUGAAGUGGCCAAGUUUGUUCACAACUUCUACUGUGCCCUAAACUUUAAUCUGUUAGGAUUGUAUCGUUUCUAUGCCGACGAUGCUGAGUUUGUCUGGAAUUUCAAUGGCCGUCGACUUAAUCUGAAAACUGCAAAGGAAAUUAAGAGUUAUCUGUAUAGGGCAUCAACCAAAAUGAAAUUCCAUGCAUCACAUUUUGAUUUAUUAUCGAUUCCUGGGCAAAGUUCUGUAAUGCUGACCGUUUAUGGAACAAUCAAAUCGGCUGAUAACAAGCCUAGGAGCUUUGUGGAAACUUUUGUGCUUGAUAUUCCUGGACGUCUUAUAUUGAGGGAUUCCUUGGUUGUGCAAGAAAAUGCUCUAGAAGUACCAGAAGUGAGUAGUCCCAAGAAGCUCCAAGACCAUACUGCAAGUAUCAUGUGUACUAAUGAUUCACAGAAUCACUGUGGAAUUUGCAAUAAGAAAUGGUAUCCCCUAGAGAAAGACUGGGUCUGUUGUGACCGUUGUCAAAUGUGGCUCCAUGUUGAGCGUGACCCUAAUUGCAGUCGUGACAUGGAGAAGGUAGAAAAGUCAGAGUAUUUCUGCCCUGGCUGUACGUCUGAAUGCAAAGAUGUAUUGACACUUAGCACUUUGAAGCAAAAAUCACCUGAACCCAUAAUUGUGUCGUGUGCUGGAAAGGAAGGAGUCUAUAAACCAGUAGAAAAAAUGAUCGAAUGUCGAUGCAAAAUUUGCUUGAAAAAUCUAACUCCAGUCGUGAUGUCUACGAAUGUAUGGGAGAAACAUACUGGUUGCCGCCAAAAGAAUUGGAAGAAGAGUAUUAAGCUCAAGGGCACUGAGAAGCCUCUCUUUAAACUUCUUGAAGAGAUACCUGAAGGAACUGGCAUAUCUUCUAUUGCAAGUGAAAUUCAGCAGGUUUCUUCUGUUGAUACAUCUGACCAGCCAGCUGCUGAAACAUCUGACCAGCCAGCUGCUGAAACAUCCUACCAGCAAGCUGCUGAAACAUCUGAGCUAGCUGCUGUUACAUCUGAUCAGACAUCUGCAAGCCUCUCUUAUGCGAUGUCGGGAAACAAGCAGUCGCAAAAAUCAAAAGUCUGCAUCUUACAUGAUUAUGAUAGGAUGAAGUCCCAUCAGGAUAAGGACACUGAUCAUAAAUAUGAAAAGGCAUCUAGGAUUUCUGAAAUAAUGAAUACAUUGAAUCAAGAUGGUGUUCUUGACAGAACUGAGAGGGAACCGUUUGAUAGUGCUGAUCGUGAGAUAAUUCUGGCUAUCCAUGAUCCUGAGCAGUUGGAUUAUGUUGAUGAUUUGCCAUUGACAGAUGAGGAGCAGGACGCAAAAUUUUCUAAAGUGGCUGGAGUUAGUGUAUUCUCUUCUGAAGGAACUACCGAAGCUAUUUACAGUGCAGCUGGGGCCGUGAUAAGGGGUUCCGACCUUGUGGUUGAAGAGUAUUAUGAGACUGCUUUUGCAAUAAUCAGACCUCCAGGGCAUCAUGCUUAUAAGAUUUCUGAAGGUUUCUGCUUUUUGAACAACGUUGGUAUAGCUAUUCAACAUGUUGUUGACCACCAUCACAUGGAAAGAGUUUUGGCGGUUGAUUUCGAUGUGCAUCAUGGCAAUGGCACGCAGGAACUCUUUUAUGGAAGCGAACAAGUUCUUUUCUUUUCCACACAUACGCGUGAUCUCUACUAUCCUGCAUCAAAAAAUAGCGCAAACGAUAUUGGUGAGGGGUGGGCUUGGGUUAUAACAUAAAUGUUCCUCUCAAGAAAGGUUUUAAUGAUGUCGACAUGCUUUACGUAUGCGAUCAACUUCUCAGCCCUGUGGCCACUGCGUUUAAGCCAGAAAUAGUGUUCGUCUCUGCUGGUUAUGAUGCUGGGGAAGGUGAAGAAAUAGGAGGUUGCAAUGUUUCUGCAAAGGGUUUUGGCACGCUUGUCCGUAAGUUAUUGCCCUUCUCAGGAGGAAAAAUGGUAUUAGCUCUUGAAGGAGGGUAUGACCUGGUUCAUCUUCCUAUAUGUGUUUCGCACACGAUUCGAGCAAUUUUGGGAGACGAAGAUGCGUUCCUUCAGGAUUCUGAUUACAGAGAUAAACGUCCACUCAAAAGCACCAUCCGCACAGUCAAUACCGUGAAGCAUAACUUGAGAUUCCGUUGGGAUGUUUUUAAGGAAAAACCUUCAGGGCCAAGUCCCGAGGCCCAAGCUCCUCUUCCUCCUGGUGGUUUAGGUGGUGGUCCUGGUGGUGCUGGCAGUGGUGCUCCAGCUACGUCAUGGGCACUUGAGAGUGAACUUCCAUGACUGCGUGGUUUGGUACUCAUGUUUUUUUUUUCUUUUGCGGGGUAAACUCUUGUGAGACCAUUUCUGGAUGAGUUCUCUUAUUUUGUUCACUCCACUACAUAAAGAUUUCUGUCAAGUGAAUAUAUGUCGCACACCAUUUUAGUUC